UUGUUUAACCGACUUAAUUCUGGAUGGAUGCUGUCGCUGUGAUCGCGGCUCUUCUGGCAGAUGAGUGUGCAUUUGAAUUCUCACCGUGGGAACCUAUCGCGUUCACAGCUCGCUGUGUUGUGUUUUCCGCCGGGACUGUGGUCCUGUCUCGCGGAAAGUUUGUGACUGGGACGCGGCGGAACAUGAAGGCAGCGCACCGUGGAUCUCUGUGAGCUCUGUGAAUUUCCUUCCGCACGUGGUUUCAACAUACCGUGUCAUUUGCUAAUGGAUUUACAGUUCGAGGGUUCAUGAAGAAUGUGUUUCCGAAGUGGAUAUUCCUCCACGGGCUGGAGGGGAGAGCAGCGGACACUUCCUGGAACCACAGGUGUUCUAUAGAAACAGUGACGCCAAAACCCAAAAUGCCGAGUUGUGGGUAGAGAGCUGACCUUCAUCUGCCUCCCUGCAACCCCUCUCCUCGUCAUUUCCUCGUCCCCGUUUCCCUGCUUUCUUUUGGCAUCCUUUUGUCAACGCUUUUACUCCCUUUUAUUAAUACUUAUUUUAUUUUAAUCUCUAAGUUGAUCCUUUUUCAGUUCCAUCACUAUUCUCACACCCGCUGCCCACCUCGUUUUAUUGUGAACCUCCACCCUAUUCUCCUCUCUUCCCUCCCCAGACCCACCACCUCCUCCUUUUCAUCCCCCUACAGCACACAUGCAGGCCAAGAAGAGGUACCUGCUUGUGUCUGUGGGGGCCGGUCUUCUCUUCCUCAUAUAUCUGUGGGGUCUGCAAAUUGGGGAGUUCCAACAGCAGCCAUACCAGUAUCAUCAGUUUCCCCAGUACCCCCUGUAUCAUCAGCACCACCAACAAGAAUACCAGUACUACCGCCAAAGUAAGGAAGUGUACUACCAGCCCCAGCCAUUGCCCCAGAGAAAUCCAUCCAGACCACCCAGACACUGGCCGGAGUCGACCAAGCUGCUGGAGCCGUAUUUGGAGGGAGGAGAGCAGGAGGAGGACACCCCUCAGCUCCAUCAUCAGCACACCUCCCCUCGUGAACGACGGGCGAUCCGUGACAACAUCUACAAGAACAAGCGCUGCCGCAUGGAAACCUGCUUUGACUUUGCUCGCUGCCAGUCGGGAUUCAAGGUUUACAUCUACCCUCAACAGAGAGGCAGCGAGAUCUCAGAGACCUACAAGAAGAUCUUGACCUCCAUUGAAGAGUCCCGGUUCCACACCACAGACCCUUUGAGGGCCUGUCUUUUUAUUUUAGCUGUGGACACAUUGGACAGGGACCAGCUCUCAGUGCAGUACGUCCAAAACAUUAGAUCGCGUAUCCAGAACCUGCCCACGUGGAACGAUGGCAGGAAUCACCUCAUAUUCAACCUUUACUCUGGGACUUGGCCAGACUACACUGAGGAGUUGGGCUUUGAGGUGGGACAGGCCAUGCUGGCCAAGGCCAGUGCAGAUGUUGUCAACUUCCGACCUAACUAUGAUAUUUCCAUCCCUCUAUUCUCAAAGGAUCAUCUGCUAAAAGGAGGGGGCAUAGGUUAUCUGACACUUAACGAUGCUCCACCUCCCAGGAAGUACCAGCUGGUUUUCAAAGGGAAAAGGUACUUAACUGGUAUAGGUUCGGAGACCAGGAAUGCUUUGUAUCACAUCCACAAUGGGGAAGAUAUUAUUCUGCUGACGACAUGUAAACAUGGCAAAGACUGGGAGAAACAUAAGGACUCACGCUGUGACAGAGAUAAUGAAGACUACUCAAAGUUUGACUACCAGGAGCUACUUCAUAACUCUACCUUCUGCCUGGUGCCACGGGGCCGGCGUCUUGGAUCUUUCCGCUUCCUGGAGGCCUUGCAGGCUGCCUGUAUUCCAGUUAUUCUAAGUAAUGGCUGGGAGCUUCCCUUCUCUGAAGUAAUUGACUGGAGGAAAGCCGCCAUCAUUGGCGAUGAGAGACUGCUAUUACAGGUUCCCUCCAUUACCCGGUCCGUGGGCCAUGACAGGAUCUUGGCUCUCCGCCAGCAAACUCAGUUCCUCUGGGAUGCCUACUUCUCCUCCAUAGCCAAAAUAGUCUUAACAACUCUUGAGAUCAUCCAGGACCGCGUGGACUCCCUUAUAUCCAGAAACCGUUUGUUGUGGAAUUCCCUACCUGGUGGUCUGUAUGCACUCCCUCAGUACUCAACUGACGCUGCCCAGUUUCCUUUUUACUAUGCUCUACUGGGUAAGAGCCCAUCGCAGCAGUUCACCACUGUGAUCCAUUUGGUAACUCCUCUGCAGUCCCAGAUAUCCCCUGUGGUGAAGCUCAUCAUCGCUGUAGCCAAGUCCAAGUUCUGUGCACAGAUUGUGGUUUUAUGGAACUGCGACAAGCCUUUACCUCCUAGAAACAAGUGGCCCUCCACCAGUGUGCCUCUCACUGUCAUUGAAGGACAGACCAAGACGAUGAGCAGUCGUUUUUUCCCCCAUGACGCCAUCAUCACCGACGCCGUCCUCAGUCUGGAUGAAGACUCUGUUCUCUCAACCAAUGAGGUGGACUUUGCCUUCACUGUAUGGCAAAGUUUUCCCGAGCGUAUUGUUGGUUAUCCAGCAAGGAGCCACUACUGGGAUAGUUCCAGAUCACGCUGGGGCUACACUUCCAAGUGGACCAAUGAGUACUCCAUGGUCCUUACAGGAGCAGCUUUUUACCACAGGUUGACAGAUGAGGUCAUGCAGAGGUCUCCAUUAAAUAUGAUGUUUGCAGACGACAUUGCAAUCUUUUGUGUGAGCAGUGAGUACAUGGGCAGAGCCUGGAGAGGCUCCAAGGUGUCAUCUCGUUGGGCUGACCCGGACCAUUUCGCCCAGCGACAGAGUUGCAUGAACGCCUUUAGCCACUGGCUAGGUUUCAUGCCCUUAGUGCACUCCCAGAUGAGGUUGGACCCAGUGUUGUUCAGAGACCAGGUUUCCAUCCUGAGGAAGAAGUACAGGGACAUUGAGAGGUUGUGAACACACAAGGACAUGCCAAAUCACAGUAGAGGCUGGAGAGCUGUGUGUGUGUCCUGAAUGACUGUUUAUGAGGCUAUAAAGGAAAAUUCACACAUGCACUGGACAUAAAAGUGAUAAAACACUGAGGUAUUUGCAAGACCUUUAAAUGCAAAUUUCUAUGGGAAAAAAAAGCUUCUGUACAUGUGGUUGGUUACAGUGAGCAACUGUGCAUAGCUGCCAUCUGUGACAAUACACAUAAAUAUGAAUGCAUGUAGACACAUGCAACAAAGACUUGGACACAUUCAAGCUGACCACGUGUACGUAUUUGUUGCAUGGUUUAAACGACAAGACUGUGUUUUAAAAAAAAAAAAAUCAAGUAUGUCUACAGUGGAAGUUGACAAACGGCUAAAGAGAUUCGAGGUAAAGGUUGUAUUCAUGAAGUCAGUAAUUAAAGAAAAGAGUUUGUGUGGACAAAAAGGAACAAGCUGUACUUUCUGGCCACAUCACAGCUGAUGGCCCCAAAACACCCAGAGACGAUGGCAGUGCACCUCUUGUAUAUUACUGUAGAUUUGCAGCAGCAGUUCCUGUCUGUAUGAAGCAAAUAAAAAAUAAAAUAAAGAGAUGUUAUGUUAUAAGGCGA